AAAAGUCCAACCUCGACCACCAACAUGACGUUCACAGCUACUAACAGCUGCCAUCCAUCCUAGUCUCUUCGUUAAUUAUCCUCGAGUCGUCGUCGAAUCCUCUGACAAACACGUUGCCAUGAAAUCUCUAGAUAGAUAACGCUUAGCUGCUUGUUACCGGCCCGGUUCCCUUGUCUCCCUUCCCUUCGCCCUUCUUCACCCUUCUUCACCCCUUCGUCGCCCUACACGAGCGUCACGAUGGGUUCGGGCGGCGCCGAGGGCAAUAUACGUGUCUUCGUCCGCUUGGAUAACCAGCCCGUCUUUGCCGGCGAAGAGAUCAAAUGCACAAUCACCUUCAAGAACGUUGCUCAGGACACCAACCAGCAGAAGCAUCCCCAGCGCCAGCUCAACCUCAACCUCCCCGAACGGCCCCGCCAUCUCUCUCCACUCUCCCCGCUUUCUCCCCUACAACAACGGGGGAAGCCUAUCGCCGGAGCUACCCCUUCCUCCGCCUCCCAUGGUCCGACUCGAGGUCACCGCUCCGCCCUCUCCUUGAGUGCACCUGCCGGGUACUCCCGUGGCCGCCCUGGUUCGACGCAAUGGCCGCCGCAGCUUCCCCCUCACCCGCCCAAAUCGAGCGAUAACCGGGGCCCCAGCCACAGACGUUCCAUCUCCAUCGUCUCCGUAGGCUCAGCCAGCACCGCAGCCGAUGACACCCACAGCAUUGCCAGCACUGCGCGACCGCAACGACCUGGUCGGGGCCAUGCCCGUGCUUCAAGCUUGCAAAUUGCUCCCCGCGUGGGCUUGGGAAUCUCUGGGCCGCAUUCAGCGUCAUUCAUGCAGUCGUCCCAAAUAUCUGACCGACAUCCCCGAUCGUCUCACUCGGCCACCGCUCCGAAUACACCCGCCAUUGGCGGUCCAUUCCGUCAAUCCAGGUCCCCGUCCUCUGCGUUGUCUGAAUUCAAAUUUCCCAUGGCACCGUCGCCCACCGCCGAAUCGCAAGACGAAGAGAACAAGAACACCCCAUCUCACGUAAACGACAACUUCCUGAGCCCACGUGCCGACAAUCCCUCUUUGUCACGCCCGAAGGAUACCACGCCGACCUCGACCCCGACAUUUUCUCGUGAUCCUCCUACACCAGCCAUGCGGAUACUAUCUUCGACGAGCAUGGGAAGCGGGACGCCACGGAGUAGCGGCGAAUUCUACUCCAUGAGCAACCAUUCCUCCGAGACGCUGGCUUCGGAAUACCCUGCCCAACAACCCUUGCGAGGCCACCAUCGGCCUUCGCACAUGCGCCGGAGCUCGAAUAUGAGCCCUCAACAGCCCAAACUGCCAGAGAACAUCAUGAUGGGUUACGCACAAGUACAAGGCUCCUUUACCCUAGACGGUUCCCUCAUACAUCUGGAGCCGUUUGAGCACGUCAAACGAAAGGCCGUAGUGAGCGGCCAAGGGGGCGGUGUCGUCGGUAUCGACACAAACAAGCAGGGUGGAGGACUACUUCGGGGCUUCGGCUGGGGCAGUAUCAGCACCUCAUUGGGGGACUUGCUGGGAACUGGCGAGCUGAGCACCAUCAAAGACAUGCGCGGGAUCGCCAAGUCCAAAUCCAUUCCGCUGUUGUCCACGCCGCAGUCCAUCCUCUUCGUCGACCUGCAAUUGGCGCCAGGCGAGAGCCGCGUCUUCGAAUAUUCCUUCCAGCUCCCGAGAGGCUUGCCGCCGACGCACAGGGGUAAGGCCAUCAAAAUCGCCUAUACCCUGGUCAUCGGCACCCAGCGCGCCGGUGGCACAAGGGAACAACAAGUACGAACCGUCGAGAUCCCAUUCAGGGUGCUCGGUAGCGUCAACAGCCACGGCGAAAUCCUCGGCCACGACCUCAUGAACCCCUAUGUCCUACUCCGGGACCAGGCUACCGUCAGAAUCAUCGACAAAGCCGUGACACCUGAUCCACGAGCCAAGACGGCGCCACAACCCAGUGGCUCAUCAAUGGCCGACUUUUUCACCUACGUAGACGAUCUUCUGCACCGGCCUCGCGACGGGACCCACACGGGCCUCCUGUCCCCGACAGUGAUGCCCAGCUCCCGCCGACCGUCGGCCUUCGAACAGGCCACUUCGGCCAAGGAGGCGAUCGAUUUAGCUAUCAUGCGGAGCGCUUAUGCCGCCGAGGGUGGCCAGAGCCCCAACCGCUUCGAAAUCGCACGCAACGGCCAGCGCGUCGGCGUUUUAACCAUCGCACGACCCGCCUACCGCCUAGGCGAAACCGUCAUCAUGACCAUCGACUUCUCCAACGCCGACAUCCCCUGCUACGCCAUCCAUUGCGCCCUCGAGUCCGCGGAACGCAUCGUGGACCCCCAACUCGCACUACGCUCCGACGCCUCCGUCCACCGCGUCACCCGCCGCGUCCACUCGUUCUCGUCCGACGCCGCGCUCUACGCCCGUCGUCUCACCUUCACACCUACCAUCCCCAUCUCCGUGUCACCCGAGUUCGUCACCUCCGGCGUGGCUCUCGAGUGGAAGAUUCGCAUCGAAUUCGUCGUGCCCAGCACCGAGGUGGCCGCGUCCAACAUUUCCGAGGCCCAGAGGCAACAGCAGCAACAGCAGCAGCAGCAGCAGCAGCAACGAGGUCACCAAGACUCCCAAUCCGCCGUAGAUGACGACGAAGCGGCCGAGGAAGCAGCCGUCCCUCUAGUGGCAGCCGCUGCCGAACCGAGCGUCGGGGCCGGGGACAGCAGCACAAGCGCUCAUCCGCUCCUGGAGGAGAUCUCCCGCGACGAACGCGGCGGCCUCGUCCUCGUAGCCGUGGAAAAUAUUGCCUGCGAGAGUUUCGAGGUCGCCGUCCCGCUGCGCGUGUACGGUGCCGCAGCCACCGGCCUCGAGAAGCUAGAGAGGGACGAGGCCGUUUCGGAGGGUCUCGUUGUCUGAGAUGUCAUUAUUAGUGAACAUCCCCACGUUCAACAGACCACAGAGACAGAAGAGGGGGACGGUGGCAUCCGAAAGGUUCCCCAAACGAGUGGACAUGAAGGGGCGGAGGACCCUAGAAUCUGGGUUCAAGUUCAGCUUUCUUACCAUGCCUAGCGAUUCCAUACCUACGGGAAGAGAGACACAUAUAAUCUACGCGGUAGUGCAGACACGAAUAGAAACUCAGAAUACAUCAUCUCAUGGACAAGCUGGCAAAAUGUCGACGUCGGGUCGCUGUGGGAUGCGGGCUCAGAACCUGACUGCGUACUGUCUCUACACAUGUCUAAAGUUAGGUAAGGACGAAAGAUGCAUCAUGCGCCAGAUGUCCGGCU